AGAACCUACCGCUAUAGGUAGUCCCUUUAAAAUUUGAAUCGUUGUCGGUUACACGUUCGUUGUUACGGCAGUGGAAUGUCAUGCAUCGGUGUGCGUUCAAAUAGCGAGAGGAGAUCAGUACUCGUAGGAUAAGAAGAAAACUAUCGGGAGGAGCAAGUAACUCGUUAAAUUUCGCGUCACCUCCGCAAAGACUUCACGUAAGGACAAAUUUCACCCAUCUCUGUUCGAUCUGCGAUGUCUGACACGGUUAGCGAGAGUGUAAAGUACAAGUGGACGCCCGAGAGUACCGCACUGUUGGUCUCGGUGUGGUCCGACCGGCAGGUGCAAAAACAACUCGAGUAUGCCCCGCGGCCGCAGGUGAUUUGGGAGAGUGUUGCGAGGUACAUGCACAAGAAGGGCUACAAUGUCGGAGCCAAGCAGUGCCGGUCGCGCAUGAAGCAGGUCUUGGUAUGCUACAAGGAAGCCAAGCAGGCGGGAACGCGCUCCAGCUUGGAGCAGUACUACGAGAUCAUCGACAGGGUGAUGAGAAACAAGCGUUUGGAGCAGAUCAAUGUCAACGGUAUAGAUACGGUGGAUGCAAAUAUGAAAUCACCGCCGAAGGAUGUGAAAACGAACAAGAAUUUGCAAAUGAGAUUGAAAGUCCAAGAGCCUGUGCAGUCACUCCAUCGAACGGAUGCUCUGUCUCCCACAUGGAUGAUAGGAUGUGAAAAUGAAUAUCCAGAUUCGCCUGAAUCAAACGAAACCAUAAUAGCCAGGCCAUAUGGAGUUUUCUCACCCACAAGGGAUAUUGCCUUAAAUACUAACAAGCAGCAUUUGAUCCAGAUUGGCAAUCAAGCGAUACAGACGAAUACAAUAAUAGAGGAACCGAUGCAGGAAGAUUAUCGACAAAACCUGUUGGCUCACUACCCGUACGGAGAGAUUCCUUAUCAAAACACCGUGCAGAAUGUACAGAAUCAGAUCAUCCAGGAGAACAUGCAGCAGAAUAUUCAACAAAAUCGCGUGUGGCAUCAGCAGUUGCCGCCGCGCAAUGUGCCGACGAACGACGUCAGUCUCCAACAGAAUGUGUUCAAUCAUAUGAAUCGACGCUUGCCGGGCGGCGUGAUGACGCAGAGCAACAUGAUGGUCCAGAAUUCUAACGCGGAAAGCGUUGCACGCCAGCAAAAUCAACCACAGCAGAGUACGCUACACCUGGACAAUCGGGCGAUGCCUCAGGAGCCGCGUAAAAUUAGUUUUGGACAGAAUUUGCUGACAACGGACAGAAUACACAAACAAUAUAGAGACAUCGUGCCUCGCUUAGUUUACAUGGCAGACGUCGGUAAUAAGAACAACGUCGACGCACAGUCGCCGGAAUAUUCGCCGGACGUGUCGCAAAAUCUGAAUGAUGCUUUCUGCCAGUCGAAAAGCGAUGAGAAAGCGCACAAUUUGAAUGAGACUUACAGCCAGCCCGGCCAUCCGAUGGACAAUCCUAUGUCGGUACCCAACACGGACACAACUGUUGUGACGAAUAACGCAACGUGCAAUGAUGACACGCUGUUAUUGGAAUAUUUAUUAGAUUCGCCAACUCCGUCUGAAAAAAUUGGGAAAUCGAGAGACAGUGCCGUAAAUACGGAUAACGUGCCGAAUGCGCCGUUUAGGAAGAAGAAGGCGCAGAAAUUGGAGCAGCUUGUGCUGAGCGCAAUUAAUUCUCAGAAUGAAGUCGUCAAUAAGAUUUUGGCCGCGCAGAACGACAUGGUGACGCGAUUCCUCGACGUGGACAGAGAUCGGCAAAACAGACUCGAGAUCAGGCUGGAUCACUUGUUGAACGUUGUUCACGCCACGGUACUCAGCAAAAACGAGAAGGCGACACAGCCUUGUAAGGAGACAUCACCGUCGCGCUCGCCGUCGCCUCCCGCGAUAACUUCCCUGCAUCCGCCGCCGAAGCCCGGAAUGGUGCCGCCCAAGUUAGACCUGGUCCCGCCGAAGCCCUGUCGCAUUCCGUGCACGAUACCGAGCUCGAACGUCGAGCUGAUCAAUCACAACCCCAUCUCGACCAGGCCUGGCGUCGUCUCCCCGAUCACCGCCAAUCAUCCGGUCAACCCAAAGCCCGGCACGAUCUGGUCGAAACUGGGCCCGGUGUCUCAGUCGCCUUUCGUGAAGGCCCAGCAACGGCUCGGUCUUCAAACCAUCUCCACUAAUAACGACGCUCGCAUGCAAUCCUCGGCGGAGAGACGCAUCGUCAGAGAAUUAGGCAGACAGAACGUGGACGCGCGAAGUUUGAUCCGCGAAACCAUCGAGCUGUUGGAGGCGGAGCGGCAGCUGGAAGAGAGAAUCGAGAACGCGCGGCUGGAGACGGCGAUGAUCCUCGGCGCGCGCCGACGGCUGUUCACGCGGCGCGAACCCACUCCCAUCGUGGUACUGACCGCGGCGUUCCUCGACGCCGAAUGCCGCGCCUGCGGCGAACUGGACCCGCCCUAUCACGGGGAGAAGCUGAGGAGGGACGAGGGCUACGAACGCAUGCAUCACUUGAACACCGCUCGACGCGAUUACCUGGAUUCCUGCGAGCCGUGCGACUCCUCAACGCCGAUCAAGUUGCCGUCGCGCAAUCCCGACGAAGCCCCGAAGCAAACCAUCCAACAACUGGCGCGACUCGUGAUGAAUAGCGCGAGAUGGCGAGAUCCGUGUAUCCGGCAACUCGAUUCAGCUUAUCCGAUGAAAGCAUCAUCGACUGAGCGGAAAGAAGAGAAUAACGAGUAUAACGCGACAUUUACAGCCCCCAAAGCGAACGCACCGCCUCCGGUAGAAAACCCGGAAGAGAAAGCGCGAGUGUUCGCGAAAAGUUGCGAUGUAAUGCAACGAAGACAAGGUAGUGACGAUGAAGCAGCGUCAUUGAAGAAUGAUCCGCACGGCCGGACGAAAUUUCCCAUGGGCUUCACCACCGCCAUGCUGAUCGAACAGGAAGGCGUAUCGAAGCGAACCAACAAGAGCGAAGCGAUGGGAUUCGUCGUCGACGAUCUGCAAACCAAGCGUAGAAGUAACGUCCGCUUCUCGGAUGAUGCCGAUGCGUACGCUACGCGUCAGGCUGUGGGCAUCGGUGACAUAUCGUUGGCGAUAACGGGCGGUCACAACAACGGUGCGAUCACUCGCAACAUGAUACAGCGGUAUGUAAGCGAUCUGAUAAUGGCGAAGAAACCGGCGCACGAUAGUAGUAAUGUAGAUUCGGACAACGACGAGGAGUUCCUCGACACUACCGCCACUAUGCAUCCGAUCUGCGUGAUAUCCCGUCAGGGUUCGAUUACGUCGAGCGGUACGGCAUCGAUCGACGGCACCGUUCGCUCCUCGAAGCCGAAUAAAAUGGCACGCUCCUGUGGAAUAAGUUAAGGUCUGUUCAAAGGUAAUAAUCAAACAGACUGGUGCCUUUAAUUUUUAACGAUGUUUAACGUCCUACUUUUAUUUUCUUCUUCUUUUGUACUGUCAUUCUUGAAAACUUACGAAGAAAAUGUCUUCAUCAUUUUCGAUUCAAACUCUGUGCAGAAAUGUUGUCGAUCAAGUCGAUAAUAUAUUCUGCAAGUUACAGUCCCUAUCUUUAUGUUGAAAAAAAUGGCAGUAUAAUAAUAACGUGCAGGGUAUUCCAAAAAUCUGGAAACAAUUAAAUAUUUCAACGAACAAUGUAUUUUAGAAAAAAAUGUUUCGGUCAAAAGUUUUAAGGUUUUGAAAAGCGCUUUCAGUGGCGGUAUGAGCAUGGGUGGCGUUAGCAAGAUCAGACCAAUGUCAACCUAAUGUUUUUUCAAUGGAAACCACUAUGUUUUAUUAUAUCAUCUUGUUCUACUAAGUAAUUUGAACAAGUUUUGUCUGAAACAUUUCUUUCUAAAAUGUAUCGUUUAUUCGAAAUAUUCGACCGUUUCUGAGACACUCUGCAUGGGAAGGUUAUUAAACUGCCCCUUUUUUUUUUCAACGUAAAGACAGCGACUGUAACUUGCAGAAUAUGUUGUUGACUUCACCCACAUUUCUGCGUGAAGUUUGAAUCGAAAACGAUGAAACAGCUGAGGCCCUUGUCAGUAAAGUAACAGCUAAUUGUUGUAAAAUAAGUCAAGAACGGAAAAGUUUUCUGCAAAAGUAGCAGAUCAAGUCUUCCACUGACGUCUUCUGGCUAAUCUAUCUUUAGUCUCUAUAUUCAACAGUCUCAUCUCUAUUUUACGUUCUUACGUACUUAUGUAUGAUGCGGUCACCGAUCAACUCUUUGCUACGACUUUGCCUUCCAUAUACCGGAUGUCUCAGGUCAAUUAAUUUUUCAUUAACUAUUGUGAAUUUUGCAAAAUGGUACAUGAUUUUUUUUUAUUCACUUCAUUUGCUCUCACAAACUUCGUUCAUGUUGAUUUGAGACAUCCUGUGUGUGUGGGCGCGCGCACGCGCUUUUUAAAUUUUUAACUUACAAAAUUGCAACUCUCCCUAAUAACUGUUUAAUCGCGCCGUCUUUUUUCCACUUAUAUUAUUUUUCGAUCAGAGAUCUGUAGUUUAAUGAUCGUGGAACGAACGAUUGCAAAUGUUUAAGUUAACAAUUAAAACUUUUAAUUGUAUAGUGGUGAACAGAAAGGUUGCAACAUAUUUUUUUAUCUCUCAGUUAUUCUCGGGAGAUACAUUCUCCUCCUUAGAUACAAAACUUAUCGAGAAAAAGUGUCGCAUCUUUUCUGUCUACCGCUGUUCAUGAGUUGAAACACGUAGUGUUUAAAUAUACGAAUUAUACGUGUAAUCGAGUAUACGUUUAGUAUACGAUUAAUGAAAUCUGUUAGCGAUACGGUCUAAAGUUCUUAUUGGGGAUGAACUGAUUUAUGGGAACAAAUUUUACAAAUACAGCAUCUAUAUUGUUAAAGUGUCAAUUAUACAAUUGAAUCGUUCGAUUAUUUUUGUAUAUUCUUAAAAUAAUACGUAUUCCGUAGAAAAAUGUUACAUAUAUAGUUGAUUUUCGAAUUAAGCAUAUAGCAGAAUAGUAUUUGCUAAGAAGUUCUAUUAUCUGUUUAUCUAUUAUUUGCAUCACUUGGAUUUUAUUAUAUAAUAUUUGUUAUGGAAACAUUAUUUGCAUUUUUUUAAUAUUACAAUUGUUACGUGAGAGCAAUCUCAUAUUUUUAUAAUAAACGAAAUUACAAAUAUGAACUUCUGUAUUCUGCAACUUACGUGUUUGUCGCAAGAAAAAAGUUAUAUAUUCAAUUUAUAUAGUAGAAAUUAUGUUAUUUGUAAUAAUAGAGAAUAUAUUAUUUGAAGUAUAUAAGGAGAUUAAGAAGACUCCUCGUUUUUACUUCGUUUCUAAUGUAUCAAUCAACAAAUAUUAUUUGUAAACAAGUGCCUUUUUAUUUUAUUAUCAAU